AUGAAGAAGCCGAGCGGUGUCCGGCGACUUGUCCUCGGCGGCGAAGGUUUCAUGACGAGACCGUCUGAUCUCCGCGUCCGCCUCGUUGCCCGGUGGGCGCUCCUCGCCGUUGCACUUCUCUGCGUCCCCUGCGUCCAGGCAGCCCUCCUCCCCGGGGCCGACGUAGGUGGGGCCGUCGACAGCGACGAUACCUUCUUACCGGCGCUCCUGCGGGAUCUGAGGCGCCGCGGCCUCCUUCGGCCCGAGGGCAACGUCGUCAUCUUCGAUGACAUGAUCGCCGGCGAUCGCAGCGCUACCUUGCCGGACAGCUCCACCGACUUCGUUUUCUCCUCCUCUGCCGUCGAUUUCCGUCGCAUUGAUCGGAUCCUGAAGGCCGGUGGCGUCGUGGCCGUUCGAUCAGGUUCCAAUCCGCCGGAUUGCUUCCUCCCGCCGGCGAACUACCGCACGGCCUACGUCGGGCGGAUCGGUUCCGAUGCGGUCGUAGCGAUGAGGAAGUCCUUCGCCAGCGGCGAGGGGGGAAUGAGGCUACGACGGCUACUGGCGGUGCCUGCAGCGAAGAAGAAAUCUCUGAGAGAACUGGAAAGCGCGAUGCUGGAGCCGCCGAUGCAGCGGGAGUGGGCGCGGAGGGCGAGGUACCUGCCGCAGCUAACGGUGGACGAGCUGGACGGGUACCCGCGGCGGGUGUUCGUAGAGGUGGCGGCAAAGGGGGACGCAGGCAGCGGCACGGCGUGGUUCGAGCGGAACUACCCCCGGAAGGGGCGCGCCUUCGAGGAGAUCCGGGUGGAGGUGGAGGAGGGAGACGACGAGGGAUCGGAGGCGAAGGAGGGUACAUCAUCAUCGCUUGCAGAGUGGCUGCAGAGGAACGUGCGGGAGGAGGAGUACGUGGUGGUAAAGGCGGAGGUGGGGGCGGUGGAGGAAGUGAUGGCGGAGGGAGCGAUCGGUCUUGUCGACGAGCUCUUCCUCGAGUGCGAUCACCAGUUGUGGGACGAGGACGAGAAGGAGAAGGGGGCGAGGAGCGGCCGGCGGCGGGCGUACUGGGAGUGCCUCGUGCUCUACGGGAAGCUAAGGGACGCGGGCGUCGCGGUUCACCAGUGGUGGAGCUUCUGAAACAAUAGAACGACAGAUGCAGAGAUAAAAAAGAGAAUUCUUAUUUGAAAUAUAUUUUUGGGAAUAGAUAGAGGAAGGAUAGUUAAAAAUAAUAAUAAUGUAUCAUUAGCUGAAGUGAUAUGGUGACCUCAGAAACUGACAUUGCAAAACCUUGUAAUGACAUUGUACAUAUGUUGAUCAAAGAUGAAAUGUUUCACAUUGUUCAUUAGCUAAAGUUUUCAUGCCCAGAGAUAUAAUAUUGGGAACCACAUAACAAAAAAAGGAAGAAAAAAAAAUCAUAAAGAUUGUGAUAAAUAAUAUAAAAACUAUUUUUUUAAAAAAUUAUAUAUAUAAACUUUGAUGGUUUAUUACAAGAUCUUAAACUAUUUUAAUAAUUCAUCCUUUAAGAAAAAUCCCAAGUAUUUAAUUGCAAAA